AUGGCUCGAGCUGCGCUUUUCGCGCUCUCCCUGGCGCUGCUGCUCGUCGCGGCGCGCGCCGGCAGCCCCAUCACAAGCUCGACGGCGAACGAGAAGCCCGACCAGAGCAGCAAGAAGGACGACGGGCUCAUGACCGAAAUCCCCGCGGCCAUCGCGAAGCAGGCGGCGGCGGGCAACGCGGAGGGAGUGACAUACGUUGACACGGCACAGGACACGUUCUUCAUGGCUGAUGUGAAGAAGGCCGGGUGGAACGCGCAGAAAUGCCCGCCGGGUUUGAACAAGGAGCUGGCGGGCGCGUGCACGCCCAAGAAUUGCUCCAAGGGCGGCAUUGCGGCCAAGUGGAAGACGGCGUACCUGCAGAAGAACAAGCUCGGGUACGAGCUGUACGUGCCGGGUAACCCGCUCACGCUGCUCAAGGCCAACCCCGCGUCGUGCUGCAACACGUGCGCCGCGACGCCGGCUUGCACGUACUGGCAGUACAUUCCCGAUAUUACCAUUGACGGGAAGAAGGGCAAGGGCGCGUGCUACCUGAUCCACGAUCAGAUCGACUUCACGUGCGGAGAGAUGACCGCGCAGUACAGCACGGAGACGAAGCCCGUGCCGCUUCAGGUGCGCAUCGGCGGCGAGUGCAACCCGAGCGCCAAGAUUCUCAACGACCCGCAUCUGGUGGGCGCACACGGCACGCACUUCGACUUCAACGGCCGCCCCGACAAGGCGUUCUGCCUGCUGACGGACCGCGACCUGCACGUGAACAUGCUGCUGCGCGGGUACUACGACGAGCGCACCGACAACGCGGCGCUCGUCGUCGACGGCAAGGCCGUGCACACGUGGAUUAAGGAGCUCGGCAUUGUGUGGACUGCUAAGGGAGUUGAUCACAAGAUUCGCAUCGCGGCGCGCGGCGGCAAGCAGCAGGAGCGCGGCGACGGGUUCGUGAAGAGCAUCGAGAUUGACGGUGAGGCGAUCCCGCGCAUGCAGGUGGGUGACAGCGUGACGAGCGACGGCGGGCUGACGAUCCAGUUCCGCGCGCUGGAGAAGGAGGGGCCGUUCGAUGUGGAUUACUACCUGCUGACGAUCGACGGCCUGAUUUCGCUCGACCUCCGCCUGCGCGUGGCGCACCCGAAGCUGCAGACGCCGAGCGACGCCGAGGCGCACAUCAACGUCGGGAUUGCGGAGCUGGAGCACACCGACGCGAUCCACGGCGUGCUUGGGCAGACGUACCGCGACGACCACGCGCAGCGCGCCGCAGACUUCCAGAAGCUGAUCGCGAGCCUGCACCGUCCGAUCUCCGCCGACGGUGCCGAGGGGCAAGGGUUCCUGGAUGGCACUCCCCGGUCGUACGAGGCGAGCGACGUGCUCGCUGUGGACUGCGCUUACACCGCGUAUGGCCGCGCCAGACAAGUGAUGCCCGUGCAAGAGUUCCCGAGCGUCAGAAUGGCUCGAGCUGCUCUUUUCGCGCUCUCUCUGGCGCUGCUACUCGUGGCGGCGCGCGCCGGCAGCCCCAUCACAAGCUCGACGGCGAACGAGAAGCCCGACCAGAGCAGCAAGAAGGACGACGGGCUCAUGACCGAAAUCCCCGCGGCCAUUGCGAAGCAGGCGGCGGCGGGCAACGCGGAGGGAGUGACAUACGUUGACACGGCGCAGGACACGUUCUUCAUGGCUGAUGUGAAGAAGGCCGGGUGGAACGCGCAGAAAUGCCCGCCGGGUUUGAACAAGGAGCUGGCGGGCGCGUGCACGCCCAGGAAUUGCUCCAAGGGCGGCAUUGCGGCCAAGUGGAAGACGGCGUACCUGCAGAAGAACAAGCUCGGGUACGAGCUGUACGUACCGGGUAACCCGCUCACGCUGCUCAAGGCCAACCCCGCGUCGUGCUGCAACACGUGCGCGGCGACGCCGGCGUGCACGUACUGGCAGUACAUUCCCGAUAUUACCAUCGACGGGAAGAAGGGCAAGGGCGCGUGCUACCUGAUCCACGAUCAGAUCGACUUCACGUGCGGAGAGAUGACCGCGCAGUACAGCACGGAGACGAAGCCCGUGCCGCUUCAGGUGCGCAUCGGCGGCGAGUGCAACCCGAGCGCCAAGAUUCUCAACGACCCGCAUCUGGUGGGCGCACACGGCACGCACUUCGACUUCAACGGCCGCCCCGACAAGGCGUUCUGCCUGCUGACGGACCGCGACCUGCACGUGAACAUGCUGCUGCGCGGGUACUACGACGAGCGCACCGACAACGCGGCGCUCGUCGUCGACGGCAAGGCCGUGCACACGUGGAUUAAGGAGCUCGGCAUUGUGUGGACUGCUAAGGGAGUUGAUCACAAGAUUCGCAUCGCGGCGCGCGGCGGCAAGCAGCAGGAGCGCGGCGACGGGUUCGUGAAGAGCAUCGAGAUUGACGGUGAGGCGAUCCCGCGCAUGCAGGUGGGUGACAGCGUGACGAGCGACGGCGGGCUGACGAUCCAGUUCCGCGCGCUGGAGAAGGAGGGGCCGUUCGAUGUGGAUUACUACCUGCUGACGAUCGACGGCCUGAUUUCGCUCGACCUCCGCCUGCGCGUGGCGCACCCGAAGCUGCAGACGCCGAGCGACGCCGAGGCGCACAUCAACGUCGGGAUUGCGGAGCUGGAGCACACCGACGCGAUCCACGGCGUGCUUGGGCAGACGUACCGCGACGACCACGCGCAGCGCGCCGCAGACUUCCAGAAGCUGAUCGCGAGCCUGCACCGUCCGAUCUCCGCCGACGGUGCCGAGGGGCAAGGGUUCCUGGAUGGCACUCCCCGGUCGUACGAGGCGAGCGACGUGCUCGCUGUGGACUGCGCUUACACCGCGUAUGGCCGCGCCAGACAAGUGAUGCCCGUGCAAGAGUUCCCGUAA